AUGGCAAGAUCAUUUGAACCACUAUUUGCCUAUCUGCCUCAAACGGGCGCGCAAAAAGCGUACUCCGAAGGCCAGGCUUAUACGGAACACUUCGACCACGCCCCUGCUCAAAACCACUCUGACCAUGACAACGGCAACGAUCGUCUAGUCAUCUGGGACGAGCUUCCAGAAAAAUCUGCUACCAAAAAGCUCAUUCAUCGUUUCUUCGACACGAUUGCUCGGCCUUACAAUAUCCUAGAUCGCGAACAUUUCUGGCGGCAAUAUGAGGCCAUGUGCUCAAACCCUCGUGCCGUGAAGGUGUGCUUCGUCAUAGAGGUGCUCAUGGUUGUGGGUCUCGCAAAUGCGACUUUCCCAGCCGAAGACCAGCCCUUGGGCGGCAAACGCACCGCGAACUGGUUAGCGCUCGCGUCAUCCGUGCCAGCCACUGCCAUGGACCUACGGGACUUCGACGUCGAGACAAUCAGGUUGUGGGCGCUGAUCAACUUAUAUCGCCAGACGCUUCGUGUCGAUGACGUCGCCGACUACGUGUACACUGCUUCGACCCUCCACGCGGGCAUUGUUGUUGGCCUCAACCACCCAGAUACUUGGUCCCAGGGUCUCAAGCGCUAUCAGCUCUGGGAGGCUUUAGUAGAGCUGAAUUUGCAGGCAUCUUUAAGCGCUGGCUUACCGCCAAGCCUUUCGCUCGGUGAUGCGUCACUAGCGCCUUUGGGAGACGAGGCUGAGACAUCUCCUUCGCCUGUAUUAUCAAAUGCUGACUUAACGGACGUGCUCCGCAGGUCGCGCUCUAUACGGCACAGGAUCAUCACACUCUUGAAUAGUGAGAUCCGUUUGCGGUACGAGACCAUUGCGAAGCUCGAUCUCGAACUGACCGAAACCAUGGGAACGUCGGUCGGCUCGGGGCCGACGGUGUCAGGCAAGGGUCUCAUCUUCUACUUCAGUGUCGUAUCUGCAUGCUACAGCAGGACGCUGGCGGCGCUGCACCGCCCUUUCUCACACACCAAUGCCCCAGCUCUCCACUACUCCAGGCGCUUAUCGGCGGCACUAGCGACGAAUCACCUACAAUCUCUGGACAGAAUUCAUUCGGCUGGCAGUGGAGAAGCUUUUGCCAGACUCAUGUCAGAGCGAGGCGGCACAUACAUUGCUGGGGUUUUCAACUCGCUCCUUGUUGUAUGCUCUGAGCUGUAUCGAAGGGCACCGAGCCACGUGAAUAUCAGCCAUCUCGACAUUUCAGGGCACGAGGAAGGACUCAUGUUGGGCAUUGUUGAGCAGUACUUGCAACACGCAAAUUCGAGCAGUCAUUAG